AUGGCCAUUAACGGAAAUUUAUUGAAGUCCCAAGAAUUUCUUUCACCACAAAUAUUUCCCCAAUUCGACGUCCGUAUCAAGAAAAUCACACCAGGAAACGAAACAACCUUCUAUCCAAAUCAUGUAAAAAAUCUGCAUGGACACUCGUUGCGCUUGGGAAUCAACAAUGAGAGCACAAAGGCCUAUGUAAUGCGGGAAACCAGCAGCAACAAGUUCACCUUAAGUGGCCAUGUUGGUUCUUUCUUUAAAGUGUUUGCGGAUUUCCACAAUGCCUCCAUAACGCUACCUCACUUUAGACAAAAAAUCGAAGUGACACAUGUUCUUUUGGAGGCCAUGGUCAACAAUGGCACCUAUGACAUGUCCAUGGAAUUAUCAAUUAAUCAAUAUGCCAACGAUAUGGUCUACAGCUACACAUAUGACUUUCUGGAUUGGUGUAUAAUGGUACCAAUGGAAAAUCCGGUUCCUGCUUAUCUUUUUUAUGUCCGCAUUUUUGAUAUUCUUUCGACGGUGAUCGUUUUUUGCGCUGUCUUUGUCUUGACAUUACUUGUGGCCUUGACUUUUUGGCUUCAGGAUUACACCGUCUAUUGGUUUGACACUUUCUUCAAUGUCUACAUCUUCAACGGCAUUUUGGGGCACCCAUUCAAAAUGGAGAUAAAUUUUACCGGAGUUCGCAGUUUCCUAUACCUACUAACAUGUGUAGGUGGCAUAAUUAUUAAUUCUAGUUUUGCCACUUAUCUGCAGACAUAUAAGGCCCGGCCACCCACGGAAAAGCCCAUAAUGACUCUGAAUGAUAUACGCAGUUCGAAAUUAAAAAUUGCCUUCUACAAAGAGGAAUACAAAUUUAUGCAGGCAAAUAAUUUAUCCCGCCCAUAUGAUGAUGUAGCUUUUCUAAUUGACACAUAUCGUGACUACUACACGCUGCGCGAUAGCUAUGACACCCGCUUUGUUUACCCAGUACCAUCGCCACAAUGGUCUCAAUACGAACAGCAACAGAAAUUUUUUGCAAAGCCGAAAUUUCGUCUAUCCGACAUUUGUAUCUUCAAAAUGAUUGGUGUCAUGAUACCAAUGCAACCCAAUUCACCAUUUGAAGACACUGUCAACCAAAUGAUUGGUAUUGUCAAUCAAGCUGGUCUGAUUCAAUACUGGAAGAGCAUGGAAUUUUUGGAGUCGCUUCAGAGAAAACGUUUAACAUUGUUCGAUGGCAGUACUGCCAUAAGUUUUGAAGUCAUGAAAUUUCAGGAUACAAAACUUUUGGGAUAUCUUUUUAUCAUCAUGAUAAGUGUGUCGUCUUUGUGUUUUAUUGCGGAACUAUAUUGGCCACGAAGAGGUCGCCUUGCACGCAGAUUGUGGAAGAUGCGAAAAUUGUGUUCAUGUUUUAAGAAACCUGUGAAUUGA